GACCCUUCAGAUGCCGAUGACGGUGAUUUCACAGGGGAUGACUCUGACUCUAGCUCGGAGUCAGAGUCAUUAGGCUCUAACAGUGAUGUCCAGGAGAUAACAAAUGUGGAGCUUGCUGCAAUGCUGCCUACGAAAACUGUACCACAACGAGGGGGAAACGACACACGCCAACUCCGACAGAAAACGAAGCGCAAGGCCAACCGACCUUUGCCUGCCACCAGCGACUCCCAGGCAUCCAAGCGUGCUCGCGUGGAGGAAGUAGAUGACGAGGACAGUGGUAGCUUACAGCCAUCGACGAGCUCAGCUCUUCCCCGACUAUCGAAGGUGAGUUCUUUCCUCAAGCGCAAUCCAAUCUAUUAUUUCUACGAGCUUGUGGAGAUGAAUUCCGACGGACAAGCAGGCGACGUUGGCGACAAACACUACAAAUGCUAUUUGGGCAACCGCAAGGUCCUUACCAUCACGCGUGCGAUGAAAAGCAGUUUGAAU